AUGUCAGGCCCACCAGAAGAAUCAAGGAGGAAUCUCAUCCUCGCCAAACAGCGGGAACGAGAAGCCGCCGAACACCAACGUCAGAAGGAUGCUUUGUUGAAGGAAGCCGAGAAGGAUCAUACGGUUAACAAGUUUAUCGGAGUAACGGAAAAUUUAGAUGAAAGAUUGAUCAAAACGACAGUCGGUCUGGUGACGCUCUCAGAAUUUCAGAAAACCAAAGAUGAUCUCGAGGAACGUCAGAGGCAGCUGGCAGCCCAAGUCGCCGCGGAUAAAGGAACGAAAGGUGUCGUGAAACCAAAGAAAACGAAAAAGAAAGAAAAGUCAAAGUUGUCAUUUGCAGAUGAAGAGGAAGAGGACGCUUCUGUAGGCGACAAACGGACGAGGGAUGAAGAUGAUGAAACGAGGUCCAAGAAGAAAUUCAGCAAAAACCCUGCAGUCGACACAUCAUUCCUUCCGGAUCGUCAGCGAGAAGAGAGGGAGCUGAUAGAACGGGAACAGCUACGCAAGAAGUGGCUAGCUGAGCAGGAGAAGACUAAAGCAGAGACCAUCGAGAUUACCUAUUCUUUCUGGGAUGGUAGUGGUCACAGGAAAAGUGUGGAGUGCAAGAAAGGGGACGACAUUGGCACAUUCCUGAACAAGUGUCGUCAGCAGUUCCCAGAGCUUCGUGGUACUAGUGUUGAGAACUUGAUGUACAUUAAGGAAGAUCUUAUUAUUCCACAUCACUAUACAUUCUACGAUUUCAUCAUCAACAAAGCUCGAGGAAAGUCAGGACCUCUUUUCAACUUUGAUGUACACGACGAUGUGCGUCUGCUAGCGGAUGCGACAGUGGAAAAGGAUGAGUCACACGCUGGUAAAGUCGUUGAGAGAUCAUGGUACAAUCGAUAUAAACAUAUAUUCCCUGCGUCGAGGUGGGAGGUGUAUGAUCCUGACAAGGAUUAUGGUUCUUAUCGAGUCGCAUAG